AUGCCGGCGAAACGUCUGGGAAUGUACCAGGUCCACGGUCCUAUUCUGGAAACGAUGAUGCGUACAAUGGACUCAGGACUAGCUGCAGCCUUCGGAAGUGGCCACAUUAUUCAACUGGGUUGGUUAAAUGCCAGUCAGGCCUGCCUCCGCCGUCGCCGGCAGAGCCAUUAUGCCUCGUCAUUGCCGACGACAGAGAGACCUCCUCCAGUCUCUCUCCGGGAUGCAACCGAUUCCGCUUACGAGGCUCCCUUCUCUUGCCGCACCGAGGAUUUGCCUGUGCCCGGCAACCUCUGGGCCCUCGGAACGGCCGGUCAUCGGUGCCUAGACGACGUGGUAGCUGGACCGGCAAAAGCGUCGUCUACCGAUGCCACAAGCCACAAUAAUCAGACCGGUGUAGAAGGGAAACGGAGCAAUCCUCCACUUCCCGUCCCUCUGGAUCAGCUGAUCAUGACGCAACGUCUGUUUGGUGAAUUCCAAUUGCUCGCUUUUGAUGGUCCAGGCUGGCGCAAACCAAACUGGCGCUGGUGGUCAUGGCUUCAACGCAGACUCCAGUUGCAGCCUCAUCCUCGAGAGCGGAUUAGCCAGAGGAUAUUUUCACCGAACGACCAGUUAGGCCAGUUAAGUGUGCACCUCCUCCGACCGCUGGGGGCCGGGUCUAGCGAGAGCGGGGCGGCUGGACCGCAAUCCCCGCACGGCGGCCGAUUUACAGGAAUCGCGUGGAUAUGGCGACCAAGAAGCGGCGUCACCUUACCUGAUGAAUCUGACCUCAGAACAGGGACCAGCCAGACUGGAGCAAGGAAGUCAGUCCCCGAGGCGCCAGUGUACAACCGAGGGCGGAGGAGCCUUGGGCAGGGGGGGUUACUUGCAAAAUCCGAACAAGCCACAGAGGCGUCAUCCUCAAAUAGGCUGAGGCGUCGGCGCCGAUCGACGAGACAGGUCUACUCAUCCUCCGGAGCAGAGUCGGGGCAGACAAGUUCCGGCCUGGUUCAAUGUGGCUUGGAGACAGGCCGACACGAGGACUGGCGUCUGGUCUGUUGGGUUGAGGCCAGAGGACAUUACUCAAAGCCAGAAGAUUUGGGUGGCGGUGGCCGGUAUUACCGCACUUACUCUGUUGGGGAUCACUUUCAGACUGAAGAUGGCAGUAUGUUGUUACAUUUAAAUCGUUUUGAUCACUCUACGAAUCCGUAUUUCGAUUGGUUAUUUUCUUUUUAG